UAGCCUUUGCAGAGAUUUUGCAAAUGCAGCGAGGCAUGUGGAAUGGAUGGCAGUCACAUGUACACACACACAGACACACACAGAGCAAGCAAGCAGGCAUACAAGGAAGGACACACCAUGCUGUCAAUAGGGCUAGGCCUGCACGGUUCCCAUGGCAACCUGGCCCCUCCCUUUCGCUUGCAGGGGAGGUGUUUUUGAAAGUUCCCAGCGUGUCCGUGCGUGUGUGUGUGUGCGGAGGGCGGAAACGCAGAAAGGGGCGUGAAGGCCGAUCCAACUCCAAGGAGUGAAAACACUCCGGCGUCUGCACUUCUCAGCUGGAGCCAGUGACGGCAAGCAGCAGCAGAGAGCCCGUCAGCUACCACACACCGUCUGUGUUCAGGUGAAACAUCCCAUCCGCCACCUGUGCGCCAUGGAAGAAGACGCGUCCCACGCCGAGGCCAGCAGCAGCGUCUCCAGCAGCACCCACACCAUCCCACAGCCCCAGUCCCAGCCCCAGCAGCAGGAGAACACGGAGCUCCUCAUCCCCAGCUUCACUGCCUCCUCCGCCCCGUCCUCCCCGACCCCGACCGGCACCCUGUCCCGGCUGGGUCUGAAGAGCCCCACCAGCCCCGCGGCGCCGGGCAGCCCGGUGGACCGCGGCCAGGUUAGCGCCAUCACCGUGGUGGCGCUGCUGGACAAGCUGGUGAACAUGCUGGAGUCGGUGCAGGACAACCAGCAGCGGAUGGAGCAGCGGCAGGCCGAGCUGGAGGGCGCCGUGCGGGUGGUGCAGGGUGACGUGACCCGCCUGUCCAAGACCCACAUCACCACCUCCAACUGCGUGAGCAAGCUGCUGGAGAGAUCGCGCAAAGUGAGCGGGCACCUGAAGGAAGUGAAGGAGCGCAUGGACAAGCAGGCGGUCCAGGUGAAGAAGCUGGAGGCCAACCACAGCCACCUGCUGAAGAGGAACCACUUCAAAGUGCUCAUCUUCCAGGAGGACAAUGAGAUCCCUGCCAGUGUGUUAGUCAAGGACUCCCUCAAGACCCCACUACCAAGCCAGUAUGAUGCAGAGUCCACCCGGGCUGCCCCAUCUGUCACAGGCUCUGUUGAAGGCAGCCGUGCCCAAGAGGAGGGUCUGCAGAACAUUAGUAUAUCUUCAGAUGAGGAUGGUGAGUUUGGAGCACACCGCAUCGAUGAAGAUUUCUCGGAGUGUGUUCCUGGGGCGGGCACUUCGCGUACAUUUGAGAGAAGGGGAGAAAGGUUCGUGCGUAACAGCAUGAAGAAGGUAGAUAGCUUCAAGAAAGCCUUCUCGCGCCGGAGCAUUGAGAAGAAGAUGACCGAGAUCACCACUAAGAUUGUACCACCAGAGAAGCGUGAGAAACUUAAGAAGAGCUUCACCCCCAACCACCCCGUGAGCCCGACCGCCAAGUCUUCCUCCUUCAAGGUGUCCCCAAUGACCUUCAACGUCAAGAAGGUCAGAGAUGGUGAGACCCCCACACCAGAUAUGAGCUCACUGUUGGAAGGAGCCCAUGUGGAGAUCCCUUCUCUGGGAAGCAUGGAUGGUGAGAUUCCUUUGACGGAGGUGCAUACCCAGGAGGGUAUGCUGAGCCCCUCCACCCUAGAUGGCAUGCCGGUACAGCUGGCAUUGAAUGAAAAAGCAUCAAGCAGUGAGUGUGAGGUGAAUGGAAAUGGUUUGGCUCCCCUUGCAGUUACAGAUGGUGAUCAAGAUGUUUCCAAGGAUACAGAAGAGGAGGAUGAAGAAGACGACAACCAGAAAUGCCCUGUUGAGAUAGAAGCCGAUGUCCAGAUUGCUGCAGCAACAGUGUCUGUGGAGCAAGUAUCUUAAUAUGUUGAGAUUUUGAGCAUCUGUCCUAGUUUCGCAUUUUGUGAUUUUCUUCCUCAAGUUUCGACAAUUACUGAACCCCCAGCAAGCACCACUUUUCCCUUUCCUGUAACAAGUCCUGUGUUCUGGUCAUUAGCACCCCUAUAUACUAGAAAGACUUUCUUGACCUCCCCGACCUUGGACCUUUUCUACAUCACUGCCUUUAAUUAUCACCAGCACAGUCCUUGACAAACCUUGACAUGAUCUGCAUUAGCAAUAAGACCCAACAGUGUACCUCACUACAUUAAAGCAUUCAGUGUAGUUAGGUUGUCCAAGGAAAGCUACAUCGCAGCAAUACACCAUAACUUCUCUCAUCAACCGGUGCCCACCACUUCAAUAGGUGCACAUCUCCAGGGCACUGGACCAACUAUCUCCCUCCUGCUGUGUUUGUCUGCCUCUGGCCCUCUCCUCCUCACUGACAAAUAGCCUCUUUUGUUCUUUGUGUUUUUUGUAAAAAAAAAAUAGUAAAUCUUUGGCAAUAGUGGUACUGCCCACAGCCUGUUGAGGCAGUGUGUUGCCAGGUUGUGCAAGAGUUGGAAUGGGGAGUUUCUGCAUUUUCAGUAAAAAGGCCCUGGGGUGUUUUUUAGUAGUGGACUAGAGGUUGUUUACUGAAUGCUUUGGACCUGCCCUGCAGAAGCCCUGAUUUUAACUAGCAGGUGACUUCAGUCCAUCUUGCCUUUUGUCCUUCCAGUUAUGAAAUUAUGUUAGUGCAACAGUGAGAUCCAGUUUUCUUUCCUUACCUUUCAUUUACAACCUAUGUGCAAAAAUAAAGGAGCUGCAUCCUAUAAAAAAUAUACAGUUGCCAUUUGACAUCCAACAACCAGUUAACGUUUGCACCACAGAAAAGUAAAGUAGUAUAGUUAGAAUUUGAAAUGGUUCAAACCGUCUUGAAAAAUCGCAUGUAUUUGAUACUCUGAGGAAGAUUACAGAAACAAAUGUUAACAUAAUGUUUGGGUUCGGCCACACUGAUGCAGAUGAAGGACAGCAUUGCAGGAUAAAGCUGCUCUCGAUGUAGAAAACAAUAUGUAAGUGAUGCAAAGGACCGUACAGGUUUUAUUAGUGAAACAUUAAAUGUCACUUUUGCAGCCCUUUUUCUUCUUUUGCACAGCUACUUUCUAUGUACAGAAAUUAUUGUCCUAUUCUAUAUGAUCCACACUACCUGCUAGAUAUUUACAGCUUAAACAUCCUAAAUUAGUACAGUAGCUUUAUGCCUGCCUUGAGUGUGUGUUCUUAUACAGUAAAUGUUGUAUCUGUGAAUUUUAUUUCUGCGUUACUGUAUGAUUUUCGGGUGUUUUUAAGCCAUGUUCUUUCAGGCAUCCAUAAGUUAAAUGGUGAAAUAUUUACUGAGUUUCAAUCUUAAAUAUUUGCCAGGGUAACAUCACUAAAGCUGCCCUGCCUUAUUGGAUACACAAACAUACUCCAAUGGUGCCUUUACCUUGUACAAGCUGGUGUAUUUCCACUCCGAAAGGGAUGGAUUCCUAUGGUUUUGUAGAUAUGAGUGAUGGUAAAACAUGCCUGAAAUUUUUUCCUUUUUCUGAGAAAGCCCUUGCAGCUAUCACUUUUCUGAACGCAGUUUAGGCUUCACACCAACUACAUCAAAAAAAGUUUAAAGGACGUGCAAAUACAUCGGUCACAAUCAACUUUAUGGUUUAAAGUCAGGCCUUCAAAGUUGCUAUAAAGUGACCUUCCUCUUGUUGCUCAGUGUCGGAGCGUUACCAGCCUCAGCUACAGGCUGUCUUAUGCCAUGACUUCCUAAAAAUAAUGUAGCAAGUGAUACCAGGUGCCAAGGAUCCAGGUACUAGAGAGGUCACUGAAGUGGAUAAAGGCAGAAGGCAGCAUUCCUAGUUUUGACGGAUGACUCCUGCUCAGCCCAUUUUUCAUGCGCUUGGCCUCCUUGUUGAGACAGUGCAAAGGGAGGAAGACGCUCUGUGGAGCCACAGGUGUUCUGAACCCUGUAGAGGCUCCUGGGCAUGAGCGGGAAGCAGAGGGAGGACAAGGGUGUUGGAGAGAAAGGUUGUUGGAAAAGAUGAUAAAGUUGCAUUUGGUUUAGGCAUAUGUGCAUCUUGGCAGAAAGGUGUUUAAACUGUGAGAGUCUGCGAUGCAUUAAACCAUGGGAACUGAAAUAUGUUUAGGGGAUGUAUAUCCAUAGCUUGCACUGCAGGAUUGGGAAACCUCUUUUUCAGUUUGCCUGUACUACAUAUCCAUUAUACUGCUUCUGAAAAAUAUAGAUAACAUAGAGAUGAUAGAUGGUUAACUUUUUUAAGCUGAAAUAUGGUUCCCAAAAUACUCUGUAUUUAAAAUAUUUAAGAAAAUCAAUUUAUUGAUUAAGUCUGGAUUCAUUCCAACUUCAGACAACAAGUACCAACUUUAGAGUAGAAAGGUUACUCUAAGGGUAAUAAAUACCAUACAUUUAUUCAGUGGUGUCUGAUUGAACAUAGGAAUGCUGAAAGAAUGAAUAGCCAAUCACAGAUAUGUAUUGAUCCUGUUAUAUCUCUGCCUUCUAGCACAUUUUGAUUUUAAAAAAGAAAAAAAUCCUUACAGCUUAUUCAAUGGUAUGUUUGUGUCAGAACAUAGAUUACAGUUAUAUUUUUAAAAAUGUAUUUCAUUUGUGGGAAAUCACUGGGAGUAAUUAACACAGGAAAUAAACAACAAUUUAACAUACAAAUAAGAAAUGAAUUAAUAGGAAAGUGACCAAACUGGAGACAAAUUUCAGUUUAUUCUUGCUGUUUUACGCUCUUGAGAAAUGUAAAAAAAAUAAAAUAAAAAAUAAAGAGAAAAAAAUAAACAUCCUAUAAAAUGUUCAAUGCAAAUAAUAAAUAAUAGACUAAAACUACUCAACUCUUGAAUAUGAACUGCAGCUGUAUUAUUAUUUUUAUUAUCGGCCAGGAAACAGGUGUGCUCUGCUCAGCUCUGAUAUUGAGAAUCGGCUCUGCAGCUCUCUUGUAUGUAAUGGCAUUAUUGAGUCAAAAUUAUUUUAAGACAGAGUUUUAAUCAUUAAAUUUAGAAGUAUGGGUAAAAGAGGAGGAUUUUCACCUUUAUCUCUCACUUAGGUCCAAAAUGGACAAACAUAAGAGAAAUGCAGCACAUGUGGUGUCACCGUAUUUGUUAAAGUGCCUUAUAUGUUCAGAAAAUAAUCAGCCAAUUUUCUCUGUAGGAAGAAAAUAUAUAAUUAGAUAUAUAUCCAUUUAAAAUUACUUGUAAACUGUGUAUAUUAAAUGUCCUUUAUCAUAUUGUGGAUUUUUUUUUUCAUUUUAAUUCUUCUUUGUGUAUAUCAUCCAAGUGAAAACAGAUCAAACACUAGGCUCAUGUUGUUUUCUGCUUAUUCAUGCAAAUGUCUUACUUGGUGAUUUUACUGUCUUCUUGUGUUUAAAAAAAAUAAAUAUAUACACGUGAA